UCGUGGGGUUUGGUAUAAAAGCAUGCCACUAUGCCUUGCCAAGUAUUCUCGUCCAAUACAUCUCAGCUGUUCAGUGCUUUAGCAUCCGACACCAUGGUCGUCAUUAUAGCUGCUUGUGUCAUCUUCGCCAUCACUGGUUCAGCCUCUGCUGCAACUCCCACCAACUGCACCAUCUCUGGAUGUGGGUUCGGAGGCAAAUGUAUCGACAAUGCUGCUGGGACGGCGUCCACCUGCGUCUGCUACCAAGGAUUCGAACUCAGCUUCCAGACAUUCGAAUGCAUAGACAUCAACGAGUGUAACUACACCAGCGCCGCCCUGUGCAGAAACGGCUACUGCUACAACAUGUACGGCGACUACAAGUGCAACUGCUACCCGGGCUUCGUGCCGCACUACCCCGACGGAAAGACCUGCGUGCGACCUAUAUUCCCUAUCAUCAACAACAACAACAACAACAACAACAAUAACAACAACAACAUCUUUGGCAACAUGCCAAUCUGGCUCUUGUCUUUGCUGUUUAGAGAGAUGUAAGAAGAAGAACAUCUUAACAGUGUCUGGCAAU